AUGCCAUCCGGCGGCAGAGGCUCGCGCUACUCAACCAUCACCAUCACACCGUCAACCUGGAACCCAGUCUUCUCGCCAGACUCGUCUGCAUACAGCUCGCCGGCGCCCUCGGUCCUCGAUUCGGACGAGGAGAGGGUGAUGGACGGCUGGCACUUCUCGCGGCCGUCUAGUCUGGCGCUUCCAGGUGGCCCGCUGCCCUCGCGGCCGACGCUCGACGAUGUCCUGUCAAACACCGCAGCUCCCCCUUACACCCUCGCGGCCUUCAUGGCCUACCUCUCGCAGAACCACUGUCUCGAGACGCUAGAGUUCACCAUGGACUCCAAACGCUAUGCAGAGACCUACAACUCCAUAUCCCACCAGGUAGGCGAGUUCCCCAUCCUCUCGGACUCGCCGCAGGCGGACCACCUCUGCAUGCUCUGGCACAGGCUGCUCUCUGCCUAUGUCAUGCCGGGAUCUCCCAGGGAGAUCAACCUUCCAAGCGCCGUCAGGGAUGCCCUGCUGAGACACUCCAACUUGAGGAGACCUCCGCCACCCGAGACGCUCGACUCUGCCGUCAAGCGAAUCCACGACCUCAUGGACGAGUCCAUCUUCAUUCCCUUUCUCAACAGCCACGCCUCGCCCCAGUCACAGCCGAGCUAUUCCCGGGAUGGCUCCCCAGAGGACCGUGAUGUCGGCCGUCACAAGUCGAUGCGCAAACGGCUAUCACCGCAAUCCUCCUUUGUCACCUCUCCUCGCUCCGCUGUUGCUCCCGGCUACUUCUCAUACCACUCUACUUCAACUCCCUCCACUAGCCCGCCUUCCUCCCAUUACACCUCCUCCAUCUCCAGGACAACAACAACCAGCAGCCGCUCUUCGCCCUACGGUUACACCAGCGGUGACUCUGUCUCAGGCGCUCUGACCGACGACUCCGGCAGCAGUCUGCCUUCAAGUCCCGGCGCGGGAGAUCCCAUGACUCCACCCACAACCCCACCGUCUAGUGAUAUGCAUCAUCCUCACCAUCAACAUUCCAAGAGCCGUCAAGACAACGCCUGGAAGAAGAUGGGCAUGAAGCUUGGUUGGAAGAAGAAGUCCGGUGGCAGCAGUGGUGGUCGUGGUUGCCCAACAACUUCAACAUCCAGGGACGCCCGAUAUCAAGACGACAUGUAUUAA